UCUCUUCUCUGUCAGUGCUCGAAGCAAAAGUUCACGACAUCGCCCGGUGAUUGUGGUCUUGAAUUUUCCCAUUUUUCUUCUGGAAAAGAAUGUCCGAUUAGUGCAAUCAGUGCAGAAAACCGAUCCGGAACAACGAUGGCACAAUUAUUGCGUGGAAAAAUCAGCAUUGACCCUCGAUUCAAACACAUUCGACCAACAGUGUACGCUCUAAGUCGAGUAAACUUUUCCGGAUUCUCGUACAAUGGUAGCGGUAGUAGUGGAGGCAAUGGCCAGCGACGUCAGAACUUCUACUACCAAGAGUUUUUACGAGGACCCAAGUUCGGAGGUUACCAGUACUAUCAAUCGUCACGUGGAUACGCAAUGCUGGUGGGGCGUGUUUUACGAGGAGUAUUGAAACUGCGCUAUUUGGUACUGGGUGGAGCGAUAGGCGGUGGGGUAACUCUAAACAAGCGCUACGAGGAAUGGAAGGAUGGACUGCCGGAUAUGAAGUGGCUCGAAGAGGUAAUGCCCGAUAAUGAAAAAUGGGGUCAGUUCACCAAGAACUUGUUGGCCGUGAAGAACUCAGUAAAGGAUUCCAUCGAAAUCGAUCCACGCCUGAAACAGCUCAGCGAGAAUAAGAUUAAUGAGUGGCGAGAAUGGUUUGAUAAACGGUUAGAUAAUGCUAUUGAGGCGGCAGAGACCCAGCAAAAUCCUCAAAUAGAAAGUUCCUUCCAGAAUCUAUCUGAACUCAUAUCAGAUCUAUACGGAGCUACCAAAGAAGAACUUCGCAGCAAGAACACCGUAAAUGCCAAGACUCUGUCAGCAGACGAAAGCCGGAGACGUGUGGAAACGCUCCAGACCCAGGUCGAUGCGCUUCAAACGGAAAUUAUGAACGUUCAGCUCAAAUAUCAACGUGAGAUCGAAAAGUUGGAGAAGGAGAACCGCGAUCUUCGUCAACAGUAUCUCAUUCUGAGGACUAAUCGCAAACAACCACAAAAGAAACGUAUCAAGAAAUCGCUUAUCGAUAUGUAUUCGGAAGUACUGGACGAGUUGUCAGGAUACGAUACAAGCUACAGUACGGCCGAUCAUCUUCCUCGAGUUGUGGUCGUUGGCGAUCAAAGUAGCGGAAAGACCUCGGUGCUCGAGGCCAUCGCACAAGCGCGUAUUUUCCCUAGGGGCAGCGGAGAAAUGAUGACCCGGGCGCCCGUGAAGGUAACACUCUCGGAAGGCCCGUAUCACGUGGCACAAUUCCGUGACUCGGAUCGCGAGUAUGAUCUGACGAGGGAGAGUGAUUUGGCAGAGUUGCGUCGGGAUGUGGAGAUCAGGAUGCGCAAUUCGGUGCGAGGUGGUAAGACCGUCAGUAUGGACGUGAUUUCAAUGACGGUGAAGGGGCCCGGUUUGCAACGAAUGGUGCUGGUCGAUCUACCGGGUAUAAUUUCAACUCAGACGGUGGACAUGGCCGCCGAUACCAAAGACUCGAUCAAACACAUGACAGAGCACUACAUGAGCAAUCCCAAUGCGAUCAUUUUGUGCAUUCAGGAUGGUUCCGUUGACGCCGAACGAAGUAAUGUCACCGACUUGGUGUCGCAGUGCGAUCCCCUGGGCAAGCGAACCAUAUUUGUACUGACUAAGGUGGACAUGGCCGAGGAGUUAGCUGAUCCUAACCGCAUCAGGAAAAUAUUGUCCGGAAAGUUGUUCCCGAUGAAGGCCCUUGGGUACUUUGCAGUUGUUACCGGGCGUGGUCGGAAGGAUGAUUCAAUCGAAAUCAUCCGCGAAUACGAGGAGAAAUUUUUCAAAAACUCCAAAUUGUUCCAGAGUGGUGUCACGAUGUCACACCAGGUCACAACGCGUAACCUCAGUUUGGCAGUGGCUGAUCGAUUUUGGAAGAUGGUACGAGAAACCAUCGAGCAACAAGCCGAUGCAUUCAAGGCCACUCGUUUCAACCUGGAGACGGAAUGGAAAAACAAUUUCCCAAGACUGCGAGAAUCUGGACGAGAUGAGCUCUUUGAAAAAGCCAAAGGUGAAGUGCUGGAUGAAGUCGUCAACUUGUCGCAGGUGUCUGCCAAAAAGUGGGAGGAGUUACUGAACGAUAAGCUUUGGGAGAAAUUGUCCAAUUAUGUGUUUGAGAACGUAUAUCUACCGGCGGCGCAAUCAGGAUCGACGAAUUCCUUCAACACCAUGGUUGAUAUCAAGUUACGCCAGUGGGCCGAACAAGCGCUACCUGCCAAGUCCGUUGAAGCAGGAUGGGAGGCCCUGCAGAAAGAGUUCCAGCAUCUGAUGGAGGUGGCCCGAAAAACACCGGAUCACGAUAAUCUGUACGAUCACUUGAAAAGUGCGGUCAUCGAUGAAGCCAUUCGCCGACAUACGUGGGAAGACAAAGCGAUCGAUAUGCUGCGGGUGAUUCAACUGAACACUCUCGAAGACCGCAGUGUGCACGAUAAACACGAAUGGGAUCAAGCGGUACGAUUCUUCGAAACCUCCGUCAAGGAGAAGCUUCAACAAACGGAGCAAACAAUCAGUGAAAUGUUCGGUCCGACGACGUCACAGAAGUGGCUCCAGUGGCGUUCAUCCACCGAUGAACAGAGCAAGCGAAAGCACGUGAAAGGUGAGCUGGACAAAAUUCUCGCAAGUGAUUCAAAACACUCGCCCACGCUGAGCUACGAUGAACUGACGACAGUGCGGAAAAACUUACAGCGAGGCAAUGUGGAAGUGGAAACAGAUUAUAUCCGGGAAACGUGGUAUCCAAUCUACAGAAGGCACUUCCUAAAACAAGCCAUCAACCGAGCAUACGAUUGCCGCAAAGCAUACUAUCUGUACACCCAGCAGGGUUCCGACUGUGAGAUAAACUGUAGCGACGUGGUGCUCUUCUGGCGCAUCCAACAGGUGAUCAAAGUGACAGCCAACGCCCUGCGGCAGCAGGUGAUCAAUCGAGAAGCCCGCCGGUUGGAUAAGGAAAUUAAAGAAGUGCUAGACGAGUACAGUGAAGACGAUGAUAGAAAACAACAACUGCUAAUCGGAAAACGCGUAACGCUGGCCGAGGAACUUAUUCGAGUAAGACACAUUCAAGAGAAGCUGGAAGAAUUUAUCAAUGCGCUCAACCAGGAGAAGUGAGAGCCGUAAAAACUGCCUCUAGCGCAUUUCGGAGACGAACAUUCGGACAAAACACACUACGCUGCUUCAAAAGCAUUCAUCAUUCGAAAACGAAGAGAAAGGCAUCCCAUUUGUUAAGAAACAAAGUACCUUCCAAAGCAUCCUUCGUGAGCAAAACUACUCAUUGUUCAUCAAAGUGGACAUAACCGCAAGCGAUUCCAGCCCAAGCUAUUUAUAUUAUUAUUUCACGUUUUUCUUCCAGAUCUAAAUUGUACCCAAACAGUUAAUCGUUUCGGUAGUAUUUUUGUUUGAAUUGUGAUUUUAUUUGGUUUUUAUUUGAAGUACAGUGAUAAUUCGUUACGCUUGGACUCCUUAUUCAGUUGCAUCAUUUCUUGUGAUCUAAAGCAAACGUAUUGAGCGAACUGAUUGGCUGAAUUGAAUGGCACGUUUGAUUGUAAUAAAAAUCUAAACUGAAUCGAAA